AUGGACAAUCAGAGCUGUGGGUCUGAGUUCCUCCUCUUGGGGCUCCACAGCUGGACAGAGAAACAGGACCUAUAUUAUGCCCUUUUCCUGACCAUGUACCUGACCACCGUGCUGGGGAACCUGCUCAUCAUCCUGCUCAUCAGGCUGGACUCCCGCCUUCACACCCCCAUGUACUUCUUCCUCAGCCACCUGGCUCUCACUGACGUCUCUUUCUCAUCAGUGACAGCCCCAAAGAUGCUCUUCAAUAUGCAGACACAGAAUCAAUCCAUCUCCUACGCUGGGUGCGUAUCUCAGGUGUAUUUCUUCAUAUAUUUCGGGUGUUUGGACAGCCUCCUUCUCACCUCUAUGGCCUAUGACAGGUACGUGGCCAUCUGUCACCCUCUCCACUACACCACCAUCAUGAGUCAGAGUCUGUGUUUCCUGCUGGUCACUGUGUCCUGGGUUCUAUCCUGUGCUGGUGCCCUUUCCCAUACCCUGCUUCUGAUCCAUAGCAUGAAGGGGGAGAACCACAGCAGGGUGUCCGAGUUCCUCCUCCUGGGGCUCCCCAUCCCGCCAGAGCAGAAAGACUUAUUCUUCGCCCUGUUCCUGGCCAUGUACCUGACCACGGUGCUGGGGAACCUGCUCAUCAUCCUGCUCAUCAGGCUGGACUCCCGCCUCCACACCCCCAUGUACUUCUUCCUCAGCCACCUGGCCUUCACGGAUAUCUCAUUUUCAUCCGUCACUGUCCCAAGGAUGUUGAUGAGCAUGCAAACACUGGACCAGUCCAUUCCCUACGCAGAAUGCAUUUCCCAGAUGUACUUUUUUAUAUUUUUCACGGAUCUGGACAGCUUCCUUCUCACCUCCAUGGCAUAUGAUCGUUAUGUGGCCAUCUGCCACCCGCUCCACUACACCACCAUCAUGAGAGAAGGACUGUGCUGUUUACUAGUAGUGGUCUCAUGGGUGCUCUCCUGUGCCAGUGCCCUUUCCCACACCCUCCUCCUGGCCCAGCUGUCCUUUUGUGCUGACAACACCGUCCCUCAUUUCUUCUGUGACCUUGGUGCUUUGCUCAAGCUCUCCUGCUCAGACACAUCCAUCAAUGAGCUAGUCAUUUUCACAGUAGGUGUGGCAGUCAUUACUGUCCCACUAAUGUGCAUCUUGAUUUCCUACGGCCGUAUUGGGGCCACCAUCCUGAAGGUGCCUUCUACCAAGGGGAUCUGCAAAGCCUUGUCCACAUGUGGCUCCCACCUCUCUGUUGUUUCUCUCUAUUAUGGAGCCAUUAUUGGGUUGUAUUUUGUCCCUUCGUCCAGCACCUCCAAUGACAAGGAUGCAAUUGCCUCUGUGCUGUACACAGUGGUUACUCCAUUAAUGAACCCUUUCAUCUAUAGUCUCAGGAACAGAGAUAUGAAGGGAGCCCUGGAGAAACUCUUCUACAGGGCAACAGGUUCAUCUCAGUGA